UCAAAUAUGGGCUGAGACCACGACCGCAGACGGAGCUGUAACAGACGAAAAGCCGAGCGAAAGCGAGGCACCCAAACCGCCGACGACGACCGAAAAUUAUUACUACGACGACGCCGUCGACACGACCACUGCUGCCCCGACAAGUAGAACAACAACUACAGAGUUGUAUUAUUACUACGACGACGACACGACGACGUUGGCGCCGCCAUCUUCGAUACUUCCGGUUAGCUCCGACAUCACGUCGGCAGUGGGCUUAAGUUCUAUGUCGACAGCCGGAAAUGUGAUUCCUUUAGAUUCGACACCGGACGAGGAUUUCGCGUUGAAUACAACCACAAAUAUGCCAAUAGAUGAAAUUACAAACACCACCGACACGACCACUGCUUCCCCUAGAACGACGACUACAGAGCUGUAUUAUUACUACGACGACGACACGACGACGAUGGCACCUCUAUCUUCGAUACUUCCGGAAAGCCCCGACGUCACGUCGAUAGGGGGCUUGAGUACUGAGGCGACAAUCGGAACUUCUGUACCUUUAGAUUCGACACCGGAGUCCGCCAAUACUGCAACCACAAACAUGCCUGUGGAUGAAAUUACAAACAUCAUGGACACGACCACUGCUUCACCUAGAACGACGACUACGGAGCUGUAUUAUUACUACGACGACGACACGUCAACGAUGGCGCCGCCAUCUUCGAAACCUCCGGUAAGCUCUGAAGUCAUGUCGACAGUGGGCUUUAGUACUGAGUCUACAGCCGGAACUGGCGUACCUUUAGAUUCGACACCUGACACGAUGAAUUUAACUACAGACAUACCUGUGGAUGAAAUUACAAAAACCACUGAGUCUGUGGCUAAUGUAUCGUCUACUAAAGCUGUCGUUGACACAUUCGUUACUUUGUUAUUGACGCAGAGUACAACAACGAAAUUCGUGGACGUAACAGAAAUUUCUGCGCCGCCAUUUUCGAUGCUACCGGUAAGCACCGACGUUACGUCGACAGUGGGCUUGAUUACUGAGUCGACAGCAGUAACUGGCUUUCCUUUUGAUUCUACAACAGACGAGGAGUUCACAAUAACUUCUACCGCAGACAUGCCGUCGGCGACAACGACAACGACGGUAAAAAUCUCCACUACCACGUCUGCUACGGUAGAAGAUAAAACGCCUGCAACGUUCGAGACCUCUUCGUCGUCGAUAGCAUGGACCGGUGAAAGCUUAGUAACCGACCGGACGACAAUUUUAACAACCGAAAGUGGAAAUACACCAGUUUCUAAUACCACCGAAAGUUCUUCACCGACGACGACGACAGUAAAAUCCUCCACAAGCACGUCUGCGAAUGUUGAAAAUAAAACGUCUGUAGAUCUUGUGACAACGUUCAUGACCCCUUCGACGUCGACAGCAAUAAACGGUGAUAUCGUUGUUAUUGAACGGACUACAAUUUUUGCAACCGGUAGUGUAAAUACACCAGAUUCUGAUACCACCGAAAGCUCAGUUACUAAGCAACAAACGGACAAGUCCAAGGAUGGACAGGUCGCGGAGAGUGUAGCGGUGGCGGAACCAGAGGAUACGGGGGCCAUUGUCGGUGGGGUGAUAGGCGGCACGUUGGGCGCUGCUGCAGCCGCGGUGGGCGUGGUGUUGAUGUGGAAACUGGGCGUGUUCAAACGAUGUGCGGGGAAAUGCGGUCCUCGACGAAGCAGGGUGGGUCAUUAUGACGUCGAAAAGGCAAAGAGUGUUCCUGACGUCAUAAUGAACGGAAAAUCAACUUCACAUCCGCCAACUGCUGAGAUAUCCAACGGUAUCUUGGCAACAUAGACCGGAAGUGGAAAUAUGACGUUUAUAAUGUGAUACAUAAGAAAUCAUUUAGAGUGACUAUGUGCAUUUAUCUGUGACUGUUAAUAUCCGUUUACUCUAUCAA